ACGGCGAAGGGAGAAUCCACCGGCAACGACAGCGGUCGUGUGAAGGGUUACGAUGGACGGUAGUGGCCGCGUAUGUCCAUAGCUCUAUUGGUGCACGUUGUGCGACGUUUAGCUUCUCGAGCCCCAUUCCAUAGAUCACGUUCGCCUUCAUUCCUUCACGAUCGGUCUGCUUCAAUCUGUCAAUAGUAUGAUGGGUAUUUGUGCCGGUGACUGUGCACAUGUUCUAUCUCCAGUACAGACCAAUCGCCAUGAUACUUUCAGUUACUCUGUUCGCUCUUGUUCAACUAUCGCGUGCCUCGCAACUUGGAGAUGAGCCCGAGUACUUCAGUCGACGACAAGUCCGACGCACAACACAGAGUUCAGGCCUACAUGAUCUCUCUGCACGGUUGGCUACGGGUGAGCCGAAGAAAAUACCACCAUGGUGGCAGCGGCCCAACACCGAUAACGGGGAAAUGAACGCCCUCACAGGACAACAACUGUACCCCAGUGGAGACGAGAAUGGCGAUUAUAGCAACGACAAAGAGGGAAGUAGCACUGGUGGCAGUGUUUGUCGAAUCAAGCAAUGUCAGAGCAGUGGAGUUUUGAGCAAGUAUCACUGUGGGCAGCACGCGCGGUGCCUACGGGACUAUUGCCAGUGCGACUUUGGAUGGAAACCAGUAAACGACACACCUACAGCUCGAGGAUGGAGUGGGCUCGAGGCGCUUACUGUAUGGGUUGACGCACAAAACCUAGGAUGUACUGAGCGCUGCAACAGUUUGUCUUGUGUGGAGGUUCCACAGAUUACAGGAUGUUUUGACAGCCAAGUAACACACGAAAGCAAAAACUACGAUGGGUCGACCCAGGACCCAAGCACAGAGGGUCUAGCAACCGAUUUCCUGGACCUGGGGGCUAUUAAGGCCCCAUCAGCAGAUGUCGAUAUCGGCGAUUAGACAGACAGAACACGGUAUCGUGCUUGUACAUUCGCCAGUACCAAGAGCAAUGUAAGGACUGGUGCACGAAAUGGCAGGUCCUGCUGGACAAGAGUACUGAGACGGCGAAUUGGUUGGACGCGACACGACCAGCUUGAAUGCACAGUGUUGCGUGAUGUUCAGCAGGAUUUGUGGGUCGCUUUAGACAAGUCCAUGGUCGUGUAGAAAUGAUAGCUUGGCUUGCUGGAAUAAAUGCUUG